UCUACGAGGCUGCGCGGUCUCUGUGGUAACCGGCUCGUUCAACAUGUCGAAAGGCACAAGUCUGAAAGAUGCUGUCGCCAAAUGGUCCGAGAAAACAGGACAGAAGGCGUCGGAGGCCACAGAGGUUGCGUUGUAUUGUCAAUACCCGCCGUUAGACAAGCUGGACGCGUCUCUCAACACUCUAGUUGCUUGCACGAAACUGUCGCUUUCAACGAAUAUGAUCGAGAAGAUAACGAAUUUGAAUGGACUAAAGAACUUACGAAUUUUGUCUAUGGGAAGAAAUAACAUCAAAUCGUUUGCAGGAUUGGAGUCGGUUGCAGACACGUUGGAGGAACUGUGGAUAUCGUACAACCAGAUUGAAAAGAUGAAAGGUGUGGGUGUUCUCAAGAAAUUGAAGGUUCUCUACAUGUCCAACAACAAAGUAAAAGAUUGGGAUGAAUUUGGCAAGCUAACAGAUUUGCCUCAGCUGAUUGAACUACUGUUUGUUGGCAACCCACUAGAAGAGAAACACUCUGCUGACGGGGACUGGAGAGACCAAGUGACAAAAAGACUGCCAAGACUCUCUAAACUGGAUGGAGUUCCAAUUGUGAAGCAAGAAGAGGAAGAGGACGAGAGCUAAUGUAUAUAAACUUGAAGAGUGACAGCUUGUUAUUAUGACGAUAUACAUGAUUGACUUACUACUAAAGUAGCUACACCACGAGCACUCAUACAUUGUAUCUCUGUAUACUUAGUCGUGUAGUAGUACUAUAGGUAUAAUAGGGCAUCAUGUGUCCAAAUACAGCGGGCCCGAGUGCUCAAAUAACUGAUAA